GCUGCUGCUACCGCUGCUGCUACCGCUGCUGCUACCGCUGCUGAUGCCGCUGCUGCUACCGCUGCUGAUACCGCUGCUGUACCGCUGCUGCUACCGCUGCUCCGCUGCUGAUGCCGCUGCUGCUACCGCUGCUGCUACCGCUGCUGCUACCGCUGCUGCUACCGCUGCUGAUGCCGCUGCUGCUACCGCUGCUGCUACCGCUGCUGCUACCGCUGCUGCUACCGCUGCUGCUACCGCUGCUGCUACCGCUGCUGCUACCGCUGCUGCUACCGCUGCUGCUACCGCUGCUGAUGCCGCUGCUGCUGAUACCGCUGCUGCUACCGCUGCUGCUACCGCUGCUGCUACCGCUGCUGAUGCCGCUGCUGCUACCGCUGCUGCUACCGCUGCUGAUGCCGCUGCUGAUACCGCUGCUGAUACCGCUGCUGCUACCGCUGCUGCUACCGCUGCUGCUACCGCUGCUGCUACCGCUGCUGCUACCGCUGCUGCUACCGCUGCUGCUACCGCUGCUGCUACCGCUGCUGCUACCGCUGCUGCUACCGCUGCUGCUACCGCUGCUGCUACCGCUGCUGAUGCCGCUGCUGAUACCGCUGCUGCUACCGCUGCUGCUACCGCUGCUGCUACCGCUGCUGAUGCCGCUGCUGCUACCGCUGCUGAUACCGCUGCUGAUACCGCUGCUGCUACCGCUGCUGCUACCGCUGCUGCUACCGCUGCUGAUGCCGCUGCUGCUACCGCUGCUGAUACCGCUGCUGAUACCGCUGCUGCUACCGCUGCUGCUACCGCUGCUGAUGCCGCUGCUGCUACCGCUGCUGCUACCGCUGCUGCUACCGCUGCUGCUACCGCUGCUGAUGCCGCCGCUGCUGCUGCUGCUGCCACUGCUACCGCUGUUGCUGCCGCUGCUGCUGCUUCUGCCUCUGACGCAGGAGACAAUGCAGCCGGUUCUGCCUCUGACGCAGGAGGUAGUACAGCUGCUUCUGCAGCUGCCGCUGCUGCUGUUAGCCCUCGCCGUUUGCCCUUAGCUCUGCAGAGUGAGGAGGAACCCGCCAGGCAGCGCCGACUCAGGUUCAUGCGCUGGACUACUCUCUCCUUGAUCAAGGAGGACGAGGAAGAGGAAGCGGAGGAGGAGGAAGAAGAAGGGGAAGAGCAGUCUCAAGGCAAAGUCUGGGGUGUUGGAUCCAACCUGAAGGGAUCUCAGCAAUCUCAGUCAUCCCUGCCGUCCUCCCCAACCUCCCCAACCUCCCUGACGUCCCCCUCCAAGAGCCCCUUGGUUACCCCUGCUGCGCCUCUCAUCCGCCUCAAGGUGAUCCCUUCUUCCCCUUUCCCCUCCUCCUCCUCCGCCCCCUCCUUCUCUCCUCUCUCGUCUUCAUCUGUGACUGCUGGUGAUGCUGCUGCUGCGGCUGCUCCUACCUUUGCUGGUGCUGCUGCUGUGGCUGCUACUGCUGCUGGUGCUGCACCCAGCGUCAGCUCUGCUACUUCAGAGUGUCACACUAGCUCUGGCUCCCCUGCUGCUGCUGUUAAGGCGCCUCAAAGGGCCCCCAGCGUCACCUCUGCUACUGAGUCCCACAUGUCCUCGGGCUCGCCUGCUCUUCCCUCCUCUCAACCCUCUCCAUCCUCCUCCCACAAACCCUCCCGCCCUCGCUCUCUCUCCCCAUUCCGUUUCUUCAGUCCCACUGAACCCCGGCCCACCCUUGCUAAACCAGCCCAUGCCAAGCCUGCAACACCUGAGGCACCUGCAGCUUCAGCAGCUCCCUCUGCUGGUGAAGGGACUGAAAGGACACCUGGGAUAACACCUGAAAAGGCGACAAAACGGUCAGCAUCACCAGCAUCAACCCUAGCAUCUCUCUUCUCCCCUCUCUCGCCUUCUUUCUCCCCGUCCCACUCCCCCUCGCCCUCCUCACUUCCCAAGUCUCCCAACCAGCCUCCCUCGCACCACCAAUCCAACACAGCUAAUUUGCACUCUCCACUUCAACCCCAGAGAACAAUCUUCCCAUCUGAAGCACUCAUUUCUCCUUCAAUAUCUUCCCCCUCCUCACCAGACACACCCACUAACGCACCUGAACCAUCCGAUUCUCCCUCACCCACCACCACUCCACCAAAGCCUGCCGGUAUUUCACGCCCCGGAAGGCCCCUAUCUCCCUUUUCCCUUGCUCUCCAUCGGCUCUGGUCUCACACUCACAGCAGUCAUACACCCCCCACUACCAGAACGCUCUCAGGCCACACUCCCUCUUCGGCCCAGGCAGCAUCAGCUGUACCUGCACCAGAUGUGCCUCCCCCAGGUGUACCAGCAGGCGAUUCAGCCACACCUGGACUCGCUGCAGCCAGUGGUAUCCACCUGACUCCGGCUGUAGCAGCGCUGAUUGGAGCCUGUGGUGGAGCUCGCAGGGAGGGAGAAGCAGCAGCAGGCAGUGGACCGGGGCUGGUGUAUGGGAUGACCAUAGAAGGGCCCUCCACUCUGUCAGGACCUGGACUAGCCAUGGAAGACAGAGUUGGUAGAGGAGGGCCUGCGGCAACUGCAGCAGGAGCAGCACUGAAGCCAAGGCCAAUGACAGAGCAGCAAAAAACGGCUCUGUUGGAGCUUAUACAUAGUCCGGCCCUUGGACUUAAGCACUCUUCUGCCGCACUACUUGAGAGAGCAAUACUUCGAGUAGCCACAUCUGCUACACUCGAAUUGAUACCAGAAGGCCCUGGCAGCCCUUCUUAACCUGACCAUGGAUUGACUAACACUCUAGAAGAGAAGCAUGAGUUGGCUCAUGCCCUAGUAAAUAGUGAAAGCGGUACACUAUGCACCUUACAAGCUAGAAUGUGGCUCACGCGUUUGUGCAUCGAUGUGUCUGUCCGCGAGUAAUAACAC